GGAGAAUGAAGAAAUGAAGAAAACUAUACUAUCCGUCUCCAUUCCAUCGUUAUCGUUGUCGUCGUCGUCGUUUUCGGUUUUUAGUUGUCCGUCCGGAAGGUUUCAUAUGCGGGAAUAGGUAAUAUCAUGGCUUAAGUGAGAGUUCACCAUUUCGAGCUGAGUUAGUUAAAGAAAAACCAUCGACCUGGUUGAAGUGGUUCGUUUGUUAGUUCGUUCGUUUCGUUUUGGCUUACCUACGUGUUGUGUAUAUUUUUCUUUUGUUUUACUCUUUUUUUUAACGGUUUCGAGCUUUAAGACUAUUUUAUAAGACCCCCCACUCUUCUUCAAUCUCUUCUUUUUCAUUAUAUCUUGACAAAUUGUUUAUUCAAAUCGGAAUUCAAGUUUUGAGAGUUGUUUUCUUAAUUUACCACAAAAUCCCCCAUAAAAGGUGAUGAUGAUUUCAUUGUCAGCAGCGACUGUGCGAUGGCCUUUGAUGGUUCUAGUUGGGGCACUAGCAUGCAUCGCUCUGACAUUAGCCAAAACCGGUCCAACACAUGACAAAGUUGUAGUUUGCUACUUGUCCACAUGGGCCGUUUACCGCCCUGGCAAAGGUUCCUACGCCAUUGAGAAUUUCGAUGCAAAUUUAUGCACCCAUGUUGUGUAUGCGUUUGUUGGAUUAGACAUCACACAAAAUGCCAUCAGAUCCUUAGAUCCAUGGCAAGACUUGAAAGAUAAUUAUGGCAAGGCCGGUUUUGAUCGCAUAAAUGCCUUAAAGAAGACUCAUCCACAUUUGAAAGUAACCCUUGCCAUUGGUGGUUGGAAUGAAGGUUCCAAGAACUAUUCCAUUAUGGCCGGUGAUCCGAUUCGUCGGCAAGCUUUUGUACAACAAGCUUCCAAUUUCAUUCGAAAGUAUAACUUUGAUGGUCUAGACUUGGAUUGGGAAUAUCCAACACAAAGAGGAGGAGAUCCAAAAGAUCGUGAAUCAUUUGUGUUAUUGGCCAAAGAUCUGCAUAAUAAUUUUAGAAAACAUAAUCUUCUUUUGACAACUGCCAUUGGAGCUUCAAAGACUGUUAUUGAUGAAGCCUACGAUAUCAAAGAACUUUCCAAAUACUUGGAUUUCCUGCACAUAAUGUGUUACGAUUAUCACGGCAGUUGGGAUAGAAAAAUUGGCCCAAAUGCUCCACUGGAAGAUGAUGGAUUCUUGAGUGUGAGAUUCACAAUUGAAUACCUAAUGCAAUUGGGUUGUCCAGCUUCAAAACUUGUUGUAGGUCUUCCGUUCUAUGGAAGAACAUUCAAGACCGCUCUAGACGGUUACAUUGGCGAUGAAUCUGAUGAUUCCGGAUUCCAAGGACCAUUUACAAGAGAAGAUGGUUUCCUUGGUUAUAAUGAAAUAUGUCCCUUAUUGAGUAAUAAGACAUCUGGCUGGACCAAAUUAUGGGAUAACAAAACCUCACAAGCAAUUGCCCGUUUGCACGAAGAAGGAGGAGUCACAAAAGUUGUAACAUACGACAGUACUAGAUCAAUAGCGAAUAAGGUGCGUUUUGCUGUGCAAAAGAAUUUAGCUGGUGCAAUGGUAUGGUCAGUAGAUACUGAUGAUUUUCUUGGAGAAUGUGAACCAGAAUCAGAUACAUUUGCUGAAUUUGGUAACAUAAAAGGUGUUAAACUACAAAUACCUAGAAGAAUCAAUACAAACUAUCCACUUUUGAGAACAAUUAACGAAGGUAUUGUUUUGGCUAUCGAAGAAAUCGAUCAACAAAAUGCUAUUGAUAAUGAACGGAAUCAUCAUAUUGAACACAAUGAGAUUCCACAUGGUAGUGUGGAUGAUCAUAAGGGAAAACAUUCGGGAGCUUUAAGUGUUGCAUCGAUAGCGGUGUCAACAAUUCUGGUCACGUAUUCGUUUGUAAGUUUUAUUUGUUGAACAAAGCUUUGUGUAUGCGAGAUUCCUAAAAAUGUUAGUUGGUUUGCCUGUUUUGUUAUAAAUAAAUAAAAAAAGAAAUAAAAUUGUAAAAAUAAUAUUUAGUUUAAGAGUGAAGAAGACGUUUGUAUAAAAUAAAAAGAAA